AUGGAUGUUGAUGUGGCUAAGGAAAUCUUCAGCAGGCUACCUGUGCAAUCACUUCUACGAUUCAAAUGUGUUUCAAAGUUAUGGAUGACAUUGAUUUCCGAGCCUUCUUUUAAGAUAAAGCAUCUCAAUCAUGCGAGGAAUGACGAUAAUUCCCAAAAAAUUCUUGUUAACCAAUGGUACUAUCAUAUUGACAAGAUUGAGCAAGUACAAAAACUUGAUUGUCCUGAUAAACACUUGCAACUUUUGGAGAUUUAUCCCACAUUAUAUUGUUGUGGCGAUGGCUUGGCUCUUAUGGAGAUUUAUAGUUAUCCUAAUAAACACUUGCAACUUUUGCUCCGGAACCCCUCCACGAGAGAAUCAAUAGUACUUCCCUAUCCGAAAAUUUUUCCAGAUGACUAUUGUACCUGGGGAUUAGGAUAUGACUCGACUAGUGAUGAUUAUAAGAUCCUUAAGAUUGAUAGCAAAUCACGCAGUGAAAUUCUCGCAUUGAAAAGUGGUUCCUGGAGAUUAAUGGAUAAACAUCCUACUGACGUUCACCCUAUGCUUAUGUCUACCGACUCAUUGGUAUUUGUCCAUGGGGCCUUUCAUUGGCUUAUUAGUUCGUUAACGAAAUAUUCUGUGAUGUCAUUUAGUAUUUCAGACGAGGUGUACAGAGAGAUACCAUUGCCAGAGCAACUAUACUCGAAUUUCUCCAGGUUGUUUGGAAGGGGUGUUUCAGUAUUGGGAGGAAUGCUCUGUGCUUAUUCUCAUUAUGUGUCUAAUACGGAGAACAUUUUUAAAUUUUGGGUAAUGAAAGACUAUGUCAACGAAUCUUGGACUGAAUUGUAUAGUAUACAAGGUACCGAUCUUCAAUCAGCCAUACCAAAAUAUAUGUUUUCGGAUGGAGAAGUGCUACUGUGUUGCGGACAUUUACAUCGCUGUACUUAUGUAUUUAGGACAUCCAAAGGACCAGUUGGAGUAUGGCCUCAAUCUAAUGUCAUUCUGAAAGGAUUCGUUUAUACAGAAAGCUUGAUGUUCCCAAAAUUAAUUAGUUAG